AUGUUGAGGGUUGUCCCAAUUGACUUAAACACGUGUUGCCAGAACGUCGACACGAACUUCCUGUCUCGACGGGCAACACCUUCGACGUCUACCUUCCUCGUGGUCGGGCCAAAAUGGCAUCGCUUUGUCAGUCGGUCAACGACCACCCAGAUGGAAAUUACUUCACGCUUUGUUCGUGGCAAGUCCGUGAUGAAGUCCAUUGACAUCGAUACCCAUCGGUCGUCCGGUACUCGCAGUGCCUCUAGCAGUCCCGGCGGCUUCGCUAGCCGCAAUUUUGUCAAGUACGCCCGCUCUGCACCUGGAUUACUGCCGUAG